AUGGAUGGACUAGCUGGUACAGAUGAUUUAGAGUCAGCCAGAACUGAACUAUCAGAGUUAGGUGGUAGUUGGAGAUCAUCGUCCCGGUAUCACAGGUCGAGUUUUGGAAGCGAUUCAGCCUCCAGUUUAGCAGAAAAUGUAUAUGUUGAUGAUGAAACAGUCUUAAAGUGGGCUGAGAUUGAAAAACUGCCGGUAUUUGAACAGUCGAGACUAUCUGUAUUUGAUGAAAAAGAUGAGGCCAAUAGUAAAGGGAAAAGGGUUGUUAAUGUUACCAAACUUGGCCCUCUGGAGAGGCAGAUGUUCAUUCAAAAGAUCAUUAAACACAUUGAACACGACAAUCUUAGACUGUUGCAUAAAAUGAGGAAGAGAAUUGACAAAGUCGGUGUAAGAUUACCCAGCAUCGAAGUGAGAUUUACCAAUUUGCGCGUUGAAGCAGAAUGCCAAGUAGUUCAUGGGAAGCCCCUUCCAACUCUUUGGAAUUCUUUAAAAGACAUGCUUCCAGACCUUACCAGGAUUACCGGUCUUUCAUCAGAAGAGGCUAAGAUAAGAAUCAUUGACGAUGUUAGUGGUGUCAUUAAGCCUGGAAGAAUGACUCUACUACUUGGUCCUCCAGGGUGUGGGAAGACCACUUUAUUAAAAGCACUUUCAGGAAAUUUGAACAAAUCUCUCAAGGUUACAGGUGACGUUUCAUACGAUGGAUAUAAACUAGAAGAGUUCGUGCCCCAAAAAACUUCAGCCUAUGUGAGCCAACAUGAUCUGCACAUCCCUCAAAUGACUGUCAGGGAAACGCUCGAUUUUUCUUGUCGCUGCCAGGGAGUUGGAAACAGAGCAGAAAUUAUGAAUGAGCUCACUAGAAGGGAGAAAGAGGGAAAAAUUAUUCCAGAUCCAGAUGUAGAUACUUACAUGAAGGCAAUUGCUGUGGAAGGGCAAAAGGCAACCGUUCAAACAGACUACAUACUGAAAAUUCUUGGACUUGAUAUAUGUGCUGACACACUUGUUGGAAAUCAAAUGAGGAUAGGUAUCUCUGGUGGUCAAAAGAAAAGACUGACAACAGGUAAAUCAAUGGCCACAUUAAGAGCUUCAGCUAAAAAUACACCUCUUACUUUUCUUGUCAUGGAUGAAGCCGAGAUGAUUGUUGGCCCAACAAAAGCCCUUUUUCUGGAUGAAAUCUCAAUUGGCUUAGACAGCUCAACUGCAUAUCAGACUGUUACAUGUCUUCGACAACUGGCGCAUAUUACUGAAGCUACAGUUCUUAUUUCACUGCUUCAGCCAGCACCAGAAACCUUUGAUCUAUUUGAUGACAUCAUCUUGAUGGCUGAGGGAAAAAUUGUGUAUCAUGGACCUCGAGAUUAUGUUUUAGAAUUCUUUAAGAGUUGUAGAUUUAGUUGUCCUGAAAGGAAAGGAGUAGCUGACUUUCUUCAGGAGGCGAGUGCACCGUGA